UAUUUCCGUGAAUAUAAUGAGAAAUUAUGCAGUGUGUGAUGAAGAAAGACAUCGUCCCAGUUUAGAAUGGUGUGUCGCCCAUGGAUACAAAAUACCAGACUGGUUGAUAAAGGCUAACAUAUGGUGUCCGUUCUAUUUAGGGACACUAAUUCAUGGUAGACAUGGUCUUAUUAACUGCAAAUGUGUAGGCGAUGGUUUGCAUGUGGUUGUCACCUUCCACGGUUUGAAUGCAUCACAUUCAGCAUUUGACGACUAUAGCAAGGUCUUGGCAUCGAAUGGUUAUACAGUUGUCAGUUUUGAUCUAUAUGGACAUGGUCUCAGUGAAAUUCCACGGUACGAUGUCUUUGGAAAACGCUACUCAUUAGAUUUCCUAGUAGAUCAAGCAGAAGAUGUUUUGGAAUAUUUCAAUUUACAUGAUAGGAAAAUCACUGUUAUGGGCAUAUCUAUGGGAGGGUGCAUUGCAGCUGCAUUCUGCGAUAGGCAUCCGGAACGUGUUGAACGACUUAUACUUAUAUCCCCUGCUGGACUGAUACCAAAAUGUCCUAUAGCUGCCAAGGUGGUCAAGACUCUUCAUUGUUUAAUUCCAUGUGUCCCACUAUGCGUAUGCAGAUGUUGUUUUGUGGCUAAAGAUAAAAUAAAUACACAGGAUAAGCUAACUAAUCACAUGCUAUGGAGGCUCUAUGUCGCCCCAAAGUCAUCCACAGCAAUGCUGGGAAUCAUUAAGAGGGUCCCUUUGUGGACUGCACAGAAACUGUAUAAACGUGUCGGUGCUAUGGGAAAACCGACAUUGAUUAUAUUUGGCGGUAAAGAUUCAGUUACACCGCCUUCUUGUGCGGCCAAGCUUCAGCAGUUGUUUGUCAACUCACAUGUUGUCAUAUUUCCAGAGGCGUGCCAUCUAGCAUCUUAUAUGAUACCCACGGCCAUUGCCAGUACUAGUUUAGCAUUCCUAAGCGUAUCUACAGAUGACAAAGCUUCUCGCUACGCAUAUUGGCUACCUUUCGGACCAAAUGGAACUUAUAUACCCCGUGAUGAUCGCCACAUUUUAAACGACUCAGAGGCAGAAUCUUCACAGCAAUUCAGUGAUGACGAGGAGUUAUUGACGACACCCAUUACCACUCAUUAUACAGAGACAUCUAAAAUCGCCAACAAGAGUCACUCCCGUGGUACGUUGUUUUCUAAGAAGGCACUGGUAGUCGUCAACCAGUACGAAGGGGGCGAUAUUGGUACUAAUGAACUAUUAACGGAAUAGAAAAGUACCACCAGUUAUAACCACUGGCAGCCAGAAUACAACUGCCGAAGAUCUAUGCUACGAUAAGUAGUCUCGCUUACUGCUUUGUGCAAUGUAGGGACAACGGUGAAAGUAUCUGCCUAUCGACGUCCAGCGCGAACAUCGCCUACCAGUCAGACGCAAAAGGCGCAUAUCGGUAUAAAGAGCCUAGCAGCUGAAUAUGUAAAACCAGGAGAUGUAUUGGUGAAACAAAGAACCCCAAUAGCACAAAAUCCUGGUGACUCAUAACAGGUACUUUAAGCUGUAC